AUGGACCACAGUUCGAUGAGCAGCUCGGCGGACUGCAAGAUGUCGAUGUUGUGGAACUGGUAUACCAUUGACGCAUGUUUCCUCUCGUCCUCAUGGCAGAUCAAGAAUGCCGGCAUGUUCGCUGCUAGCUGCAUCGGUGUCGGUCUGCUCACCGUCUUCCUCGAAGUUUUCCGCCGACUUGGAAAAGAAUACGAUGCACUCAUCCAGCGCCAAUUUCAAGCCCGCGCGGCCGAACUCCAAGCUCGCAUGCCCAAGGAAACGAACUGCUGUGAUCCUCCUGCCGUCGUUGCCCCUCAGACACUUGUCUUCCGUGCAUCGCCGCUUCAGCAGCUCAUUCGAUCCAUAAUUCACGCUGCCACUUUUGGAUUGGCCUACAUCGUCAUGUUGCUAGCUAUGUACUACAAUGGCUACCUGAUCAUUUCCAUCAUAAUCGGCGCUGGCUUGGGCAAAUUUCUUUGCGACUGGCUCGUCAUUCGUGUCACUCUCGAGGCCCUUGCGCCAUCAGCUCCCAACGUUGCUGGUAUUGAGGAACCUAGUGUCUGCUGCGGUUGA